CUCCCACAGCCUCAGCCGAGUGGGUUUGAGAACCUGUGGCCAGGCUCUCUGCGCGUCCCCGUCCCCCCGUGGCCCUAGCCCCGGCCAUGAAGCGCAUCUUCUCCUGCUCCAGUUCACAAGUGGCGGUGGAGAAAUGGAACCGUCGUGAUCAGAAGCUGCUGGAGGCAGUGCAGCGGGGGGAUGUGGGACGCGUGGCUGCCUUGGCCUCUAGGAAGUCUGCCCGACCCACCAAACUAGACUCAAAUGGCCAGUCCCCGUUUCACCUGGCAGCCUCCAAAGGCCUGACAGAGUGUCUGUCAAUCCUGCUUACAAAUGGGGCUGACAUCAACAGCAAGAACGAGGACGGAAGCACCGCCCUUCAUUUGGCCACCAUCUCCUGCCAGCCACAGUGUGUGAAGGUCUUACUUCAGCACGGCGCAAAUGAAGAUGCUGUGGAUGCAGAAAACCGCAGUCCAUUACACUGGGCAGCCUCUUCUGGCUGUGCCUCAAGUGUCCUCCUGUUGUGUGACCACGAAGCCUUCCUGGAUGUGCUGGACAAUGAUGGACGCACACCACUGAUGAUUGCGUCGCUGGGUGGUCAUGCGGCUAUCUGCUCACAGCUGCUGCAGAGAGGUGCCCGAGUUAACGUCACAGACAAGGAUGACAAGUCAGCCCUGAUCCUGGCCUGUGAGAAAGGCAGCGCUGAGGUGGCCGAGCUGCUCCUGAGCCACGGAGCAGAUGCAGGAGCCGUGGACAGCUUGGGGCACAAUGCGCUGCAUUACGCAUUGCGUACACAAGACAAGGAGCUGUGGAGGCUGCUGCAGCAAGCCCUGAACCGGCGGCGGAGAGGCGGUCAUGGACUGGUUCAACACCCAGAUCAUGUGUCUCAGACCUCUCCACCCGAGCCUCAGGUGGGCUCUCCACCUAAGAGCUCACGGAGAGCAGAGCCAGAGGAAGCACAGCAGGAGGAGGAGGAGGCUGAAGAGCGGUGCUCAGAAGAGUGGGGGUGGAAGUAUGAAGAGGAGCAGAGGAAAGUUAAUCAGUUGGAGCAGGAGCUGCUGCGCAAGACAGAGGAGUGUAAGGCCCAAGCUGCGGCCCUCAAAGGUCUGGAGAACCAGGUUCGAGAGCAGGUGCAAGAACUGGGGCAUCUCCUAGUGCAAGAGCCCAGGGCUCCAGGAAGACCUGGAGGAGAUGGUAUGGAACAGGGUUGUCCCCUGAAUCUGCUGGCUGAGCGAAUCCAGGAGCUUAAGAGGCAGCAGAAAGCAGCAGCCACCAUAAACCCAACAGUAGUCGCCAGGAGAGCCGAAGAGUUGGCCGUAGCAGAGAUCCAGGGUGAAGUACACAGCAAGUCCCAACCAGAGCAGGGGCCGCCCCAGAGCCCAAGGUCUGAGAGCAUCGGGAAGGUCACAGGACAGCAACUGAACGCCAAUGGGGGACAGAACCUUGGCCUCGAUAACACUGACCAGGUGUGUGUCGGCCAGAAGGAGAGGUCCCCGGCUCCAGGAACUGAACAAGCAGGUGCAGUGGGAGAACCAGUGGGCAUAGCAGCCAUGAACCAGCUCCUCCUACAGCUAAGGGACGAGCUGGCUGCAGUGUGGCGAGAAAAGGAUGCUGCCAGAGGGGCUUUGUCAAGACCAGUUCUGGAGGGAGCCUUGGGGACUCCUAGGGCCGAGGCUGCAGCAGCUGCCUGGGAGAAGAUGGAAGCCAGGCUGGAGAGGGUGAUGGUGAGGUUAGAUCGAGCAAAAGCAGGACUGCAGGUGAAACCCGAGGUCCCUGCUCAGGGGUCCAGAGAGGGAGCCCCCAAGGCAGUCCCAGGAUGCACCAAAAAGCACGAAGAAGAAAAGAGGGCUCCUGGAGCCAGAGGAGAACCCCUAGGGGCCCCUGGAGGAGAGCAGGCCUCAGGAGGGGGCCUGGCAAAGGGACACCUGGAGAAAGAGGUGUCAGCGCUGAGACUGAGCAAUAGCAACUUGAUGGAGGAGUUGGGGGAGCUGGGGCGCGAGAGGCAACGCUUGCAAGGAGAACUCCAGUCCUUGACCCAGAGACUACAGCGGGAGUUUGUGCCCAAGCCCGAGGCUCAGGUUCAGCUACAGCAGUUGCGGCGGAGCGUCGGGUUGUUGACAGAAGAAUUGGCCAUGGAGAAGGAGACUACCGAGAACCUGCGCAGGCAACUUGCUUCCCAGAGCAGCGGCCUCCAAGGACUGCGGAACUGCCUGCCCCCAGACCUCGUGGGUAAGGAGAGUGCAGGGAGUACAGCUGCAGAACCCCUGGAAGAGCUGCAGACCUGCAUCAGCACCUUGGUGAAUAAGCACCUUGAGGCCCAGAAGGCCCUGGCUCGCUUGGAGGAGGAAAACCAGCAGCUGAGAGGAUCCUUGGUCCCCUGUGGGAAGCCAGAAGCCUCCCUGAAGGCUACAGCAUCUCCCCAAGUGGCCGCCUUGGAGCAAGAUCUGGGGAUGCUGGAGGAAGAGCUGCGGGCUGUGCAAGCCACGAUGAGCGGGAAGAGCCAGGAGAUCUGCAAGCUGAAGCAGCUGCUCUAUCAAGCCACGGAAGAAGUGGCAGAGCUGAGGGCCCGGGAAACAGCCAGCCUGCGGCAGCACGAGAAAACGCGAAGCUCACUGGUUGCCCAGGCGCAGGCUUGGGGCCAGGAGCUCAAAGUUGUGCUGGAGAAGUACAACACAGCCUGUCGGGAAAUGGCUCGAUUGCGGGACGCGGCAGCGGAGGAACGUCGCCGCAGUGAGGAUCUAGCAGCUCGGGCGGCCGAGCAGGAGCGCCAGGCAGGCGAGAUGCGCGGGCGCUCGGAGCAGUUCGAGAAAACCGUUGAGUUGCUCAAAGAGAAGACAGAUCACCUCAUAGGUGCUUGCCGGGACAAGGAAGCCAAGAUCAAAGAAUUACUGAAGACGCUGGAGAAGCUCUCCGAGGAGGUUCUACAGGUCCGGGGGGAGAAUACUCAACUCGCGCUACAGCUGCAGGAUUCCCAGAAGAACCAUGAAGAGACCAUCUCUACCUACAGGAAUCAUCUGCUGAACGCCGCUCGGGGCUACAUGGAACAAGAUGUGUACAAUAUCCUCCUCCGAAUCCUCAGCAUGCAGGAGUGAGAGAGACUCGUCACGUACCCUCAUAGAUAAUGGCAUUUCCCUUUUGUGAGUUGUGGGUGGAGGUAAUGGGGGCUGGGUCCGGAGAGGACGGACUUGAGGGAAAGGAUGUUAUGGAAGGGAUUAGGGGGGUUCCGUUGCUGGUGGCCUGCACUGGGGAGCAUUUGCAGGAAAGUCAAUUGAGGAAGACCAAGCAUGAGAGUCACUAGGGGGAGUCGGGACUCUGAGCAGGUGGCCCGAGGGUCACGGAAUGACUGUGGAUGGAACACAUGGCUAGAACGUUUUCCUAAUGUCUGGGGUAAGAAGAUGCCAGUGAAGGAUAAAGGGUGGUGGACAGUGGCGCAGUUAUUCCUUAGGGAGGGACUUUACAGAUCCCAGGCUUGCCUUUUCAUUUCCAUACCCUUCAUUCAAAAGCCAACUCUCUCCCAGUCUCCUUCCUUUGUGGGCAGCCUCUUCCCAUCUGGGAAGACAAUAUCCCCUUUAGCAUGUUGGUGUGUGCAGGAGGAGAGUGAGGGUAUAGAACUGUGUGCAUUUCCUCCUUGAAUUAUUUCUUCCAGGGAUUAAGAGUGCUGCCUGGUUCACAGAGGCUCUACCCAGCUGUGGUGGGCAGGUGGGUGGGUGGGUGAUUGCCCACUAGGGGUGGUGUGGGUAGGGCUUCACUGGACACGUGGACCCCAGACCCGAAAACCUGGACCCUGGAAUCAGCACAGAACAGAAUUGUGGAUGUAAACCAGCUCUGUGGAGAAUAAAGCCGGAAGCAGGAUGGUC